AUGUUGAGGUUACAUAGGCACAGGCAGGCAGCUAAAUCAGGAGACAAACUUGAUUUCAAAUUCUCCAGCUUUAAGGCCCUUCAGGUGCCCAAAGGAUGGGACAAGUUGGUUGUGUCUGUUGUCUCUGUAGAAACUGGGAAAACCAUUGCAAAGACGAGCAAAGCGGCCGUGCACAAUGGAAAUUGUCAAUGGAGCGAGACUUUGUCAGAGUCGAUUCGCGUUUCGCAAGACGGUUCUUCAAAAGAAAUGGAGGAUUGCCCUUUCAAGCUUAUUGUUUUCAUGGGAUCGGCUAGAUCUGGCAUCCUUGGAGACGCUACAGUUAAUAUGACAGAUUAUAUGAGUACAAGUGCUUCUGUUCCUGUCUCACUGUCCUUAAAAAAGUGCAGUUAUGGAACAACUUUACAAGUAAAAAUUCAGUGUGUAACACCAAGAACAAACUCCAGGGAUGAAGAUUCAAAAGAGAGAAACUAUGAUUUAGAGAAGCCUAAUGGAAACUCUCAUGAUAUAGACACGAAGUCAGAUGGAUCGGUGUCUGAUAGUACAGUUGCCAGGAGUCUUGGAUCUUCUGCCGCUAAAGAUUUCCGCUUGAUCUCAAAUCCAGGAGAACCUGGGAGUAGAGAAACAAGUUUUUCUUUAUCAGAGUCGCAUAAAAGCUAUGACACUGAAGGUUCGGAAGAUGUAUCUGUUGGGGACCAUAGUGGUGAUGUGCACAGCCUAGUUAGGCGAGCUGAUUCAAUCGGCUCUGAAAAUAGUGUCACCCUUUCGAAGCCUGCAUCAUUUAAUUCACAGAUGAAUAUCUCCGAGAAUUCUAGGCAGGAGUUUCCAGCAUCUUCUUUAACAACCACAAGUUCCGCUAAAAACUUCCGAGACACUGCAGAAGGUACGAUUGAGGAGCUGCGUGCAGAAGCUAAGAUGUGGGAGAGGAAUGCCAGGAAGCUAAUGCUGGAUUUGGACAUACUGAGGGGAGAAUUUUCUGAUCAGUCAAAAGUUCAGGAAAAUUUGAAUUUGGAGCUCCUAGCAGCCUACGACGAACGUGACGAUUUGAAGAAGGAAGUUGAACAGUUAAGAUUUUCCUUAGAAAAGUCGAUGGUGAAACAAACAUCCUCAGGGAAUUUAACUUCUCUAGGAGAAGAUCUUCCCCUUAUCGAAAAGGAGUUGAAAGAUGAACUGAAGUUUCAAAAGGAAUCGAAUGCCAAUCUCGCCCUGCAGUUGAAGAAAACUCAAGAGUCAAAUAUUGAGCUUGUUUCUGUUCUUCAGGAGCUGGAAGAGACAAUUGACAAGCAGAAAACAGAAAUAGAAGAUCUUCUAGCACUACAAUCGAAAGUCGGUGAUAUGGGGGAAAUCACAGAUGUCAAUGUAGAGGAAAAUAAGAGAUUAACAGACCAGAUCCAAAAGAUGCAGGAGGUAGAGAAGAAUUUGAACAUCGAAGUGAAACAGCUCGAACAGGCGUUGGAGGAGAAAAACCAAGAGAUAGAGAAGGCAGAGAGUCUCAACAGUCAAACCCUUUUGGAUCUUGAGACAGAAUUUAAGAGUAAGUUACUAGAUAAAGAAGAACAAAUUGUUAAUCUAAAAGCAAAAUUAUUAGGGUCUCUCAGUAUCACAUAUUCUGCUGAAAUGGGCUCCACAAAUGGCAGUGAUGUAAAUUUGAUGAAUGAGAUUGAAGAAUUGAAGGAAAAGGUGCAGGAGCUCGAGAGGGACUGCAAUGAGUUGACCGAAGAAAACCUCGAACUCUUGUUCAAGCUCAAGGAAUCAAAGAAAGGCGCGAUGAGGAGUAAUGCUCAUUUUGAGUCUCCGCACAGUGAGGUUUCAACUAACACUUUAACCAGCUUUGAGUUCCAACUGAGUGGACAGAAAUUCCGAACAAAUGAUGCUGAACUGAGUGUGAAAGCAAAUGAUGAUAAUGCUUCGGUUCAACGACUUCAGAGCUUGAAAAUGGAACCAGAAGCUAGAUUGGCGGAGAUGGAUAACGAUUUGCCCGAAAAAAGGUCUGAAGUGGAAAAACUUCAUAUUGACUUGCUGUCUAAGGAAGAGGAGAUUUCGGUUCUUAGGAAGAGUCAAAGUGAACUAGAGGCUAAGGUUUCUGAUCUUCAAAGGGACAAAACUCAACUUCAAGAACACAUGGAAGUUGUGCUACAAGAAAGUGAGAUAACCUCCAAGUGUUUGAAUGACUUGCGAAACGAUUUGGCAGUGCUUACCAGCAGUAUGGACCCCCAUAUCUCUGCCAACAAGUUACUUGAAAGAAAAUCUUCGGAGCUAGAAACUGGUAAUCGAGAACUCGAGCUUCAUGUGUCAGAGCUUGAAGGAGAAAAUGCGAAGUUAUCAGAGCUCGUAGCUAGUCUGGAAGAUGAAUUAAGAUGUUUGACAAGUGAGCAAGAGUCCAGUCAAUUGGAACUAGAGAAGUCCAAAUCUCAUUCUAUGACUCUCCAGGAUGAGAUUAAUAGAUUAAGAAUUGAGAUGGCAUCUGAAAAAGAAACUGCGAAACAAAAAUUGGAGAACAUGGAAGAUCAGUUGUUAGAAGUUCAAGAAGAAUGUGAAUAUCUGAGAAGGGCAAAUCCAAAGUUGCAGUCUACUGUUGAAAGCCUUCUUGAAGAGUGCAAUUCUCUUCAGAAAUCGAAAGAAGAAUUGAGUAAUGAAAAGCUGGAGUUGCAUAACCGCUGUUCCCUCUUGGAGGCGAAGUUGGAGGAAUCACAUUUAAGUUUCACAGAUUGCUCCAAAAGAGUUGAUGAAUUAGAACAAUGUCUGUCUUCAGUGCUUGCAGAAUUUGCUUCGAAAGAGAAGUGCUUUGCUUCAGAAAUAGUUGCUCUUGUUGACGAAAACUUGAGACAUAAAGAGAAAUUUAAUCAGGAAGAGAACUUGUUGAAUCAGAUGUAUAUGGAGAAAGCAGUCGAAGUAGAGAAUCUUCAGCAAGAGGUAGAACUUCUGAUAAAUAAACUUUCAGCGAAACAUGAGGAAAAUGAAAGAAUCUCUUCUGAUGCCAUGGAGGAACUAUCCAGAUUACGCGCAGAUAACACGAAACUGGAUGCAGACCUUCAACAAGCUCGAUCUAAAAUUAAGAAAACCGAGGAUGAGCUCAGAAUCAAGCAAAAAGAUUAUGAAGUGAAGUUAAAAAGCCUCUCCAGUGAACUUGCUGCUUCCAAUCAAGACCAUGAAAAACUCUCAAAGUUGUCGGAGAACUAUAAAUCUGGUGAAGCAAAACUGAAGAGCGUUGUAAAUGAUCUUGAAAUAAGGCUCAGAGCUCUUGAAUCUGAACGGCGAGAACUGGUUGAAGAAUCUGCCCAUCUAAAGGUUCAGUUGCAGAAAUUAGCUCAUCUUGAGGCUGAGAUUUUAGCUUUUAAGAACGAGCUUGAUGAAACCAAGAUUGAGAAAGAGAAACUUGAAGUGUCUGUGCUCGCAAGAUCCAACGAAUGCGAAGAUUUGAAGGCAGAGAAGAAUGAACUUGUUGAGAAUGUAUCAUUUUUGAAGAUGUCCGUGUCUGAAUUGGAGGACUGCAAAAGUGAAAAAAUGGCCUUGGAGGAAAGAGAUGCUGAGCUGAAGAAAGAACUGAAUCAGAUUAGAAGAGAAAACAAUCAGUACCAGCAGAAGAUACAGCAACUUCAGGAGGAAAGAGAUAAGAGACAAAGAAGAUCUCCAGCCCUUGAAGAAGAACUGAAACUUGUCAAAGAGGAGAGGCAUCAUAAUCCAAGGGAGUACAGCGGUCGAAAGUCUCCGAACUUUUCCAAGACCAAUACCAAAGUCAAUCCUGUCCAUGAAACUUCAAAGAUCUCAAAAAAUGAAAUGGCAAAGAGCGGGAGAGAACAUCGCGACACCAGAAGGAAUGGAAUGGUACAAGAAGUUGGGCGAGAUUCUCACCGCACACAAAGUCAAAGAGAGAACGGUAGUGGAUAUGAAUUUCCUGAUGGAAGUCCACGGGAAAAUGGAGCUGACACUGGCUCAAAGAUUCAGUUGCUUGAGGACCAACUUGCCAAGGCUUUGGAAGAAAAUAACAAAUACAAAGUUCAGCUUAAUAAGCUUGUGUCUGAGGGCCGAAAAGGCCUGGUGGCGGAUGCUAGUAGGAAAUCUAGACUGGAAGGUGAAGUGGUGUCCAAAGAGAAAUAUGAAAUGACAAAGUCAUCUCUGGAGGCAGAACUAAGGGACAUUCUCGAGCGCUACUCGAACAUGAGCCUCAAAUACGCUCAAGCAGAAGCUCAGCGCGAGGAACUGGUGAUGAAGCUCAAGACAACCAAGACUGGCAAGAGGUGGUUCUCGUGAAUCCAUGCUUUUACCAAUUGACUGCAAUGUCAUCUUUUAAUCUACCUAUCUCAGGUAGUCUCUCUCUCUUUUUUUUUUUUUUUCUUCAUGAAUCUGCAAAGAUACCACAGUUUUCCUUCAUGUCCAAAUAUUCAAUUUUUUGAAUAAUAGUAUAGGUAUAUAUAC